UAACACGUUAUUUGACCCACUCCGGCUUAUUUCGUUCCCAACUCUUGCUCUGUGAGCGCCAUCUAGUGUUUGCUCUGUGUAAUAUCUAAGUGUGUCUGUGGUCCUAGUGUUUUGAAAACCUAAUCCAAGAAAAUGCCUGGACGUCCGAUUUGGCAGUGUGCCGGCAAACGCGAGCCAGAAAAGGAGGCCGAAGCCCAGCAAUGGAUCGAGGCUGUCAUCGGGGAAAGAUUCCCCCCUGGUGUUCCCUUCGAGCACGCCCUCCGAGACGGAAUCAUCCUGUGCAAGCUGAUGAACCGACUCCAGCCAGGCAUCAUCACCAAAGUCAACGUGUCAGGCGGCGACUACAAAUUCAUGGACAAUAUCAGCCAAUUCCAAAAGGCGUGCAUCAAAUACGGAGUGCCUGAUGUAGAUCUUUUCCAGACCACAGACCUGUGGGACCAGAAGAAUAUUGCUCUCGUCACCACAACCAUUUUCGCUAUUGGAAGAACGGCAUACAAACACCCGGAAUGGCGCGGCCCCUGCCUCGGCCCCAAGCCCUCUGAGGAGAACCGUCGUGAGUUCAGCGAAGACGUUCUGAGGGCUGGUCAGACGGUCAUAGGGCUCCAAGCCGGCUCCAACACCGGCGCCACGCAAUCCGGACAGAGCUUCGGGGCUUCGCGCAAAAUCAUCCUCGGAAAAUAAUGUACCAAGGCAGCAUAGGCCAUAAGAGCACACG